AUGAAGCAUAACGCGACCAUGGCCCUGGUCUGGCAAUCUCACAGAGCCUGGGCCUGUCGCACGAAUCCUACGAAGCCCCCCCCCCCCUUCGAACUGGUCAGAUUGGCACCAUUGGACAUUGCGUCUUGGGGUCUGGGGCUCAGGCCAUCAAUCUAUCUGUUGUUCGAGCAGAAAACGUUCAGAGAAUGA